CUGCUAUCCAAGCUGCUAUCCAUGCUGCUAUCCAUGCUGCUGUCGCUCAUGGGGAUGUGGCAGAAACCGAGGAUGCGUCAGAAAAGUGAGAAAACCAGUCCAAGGGAAACAGAAGAAAGUCCACCGAUGAGCUAGACUGUAUUGGUCAGACACUCAAGUCUCUUUUCACCCAGUCUACAUACUGUAUGUUGACUACAGCUGAAGUUCUCAUGGAAGGGACCCACAGCACCUUGCAUCUGUACCAGCCCAUCAGGGAGUGGAUCUCUGUGAGGCCGUUCCUCCCUAAACUCAUCCACACCCCCAUCCACAGCGGUUCUGGUGGUUCCACCCACAAGACCCCCGCCUCUCAUAGGGGUCAACCAAUCAUUCCCCACCAUCUACUAGAGGAGGAGCUAGCAGAGACUGUGCAGAGGGGUCAGUCAGAAGAACAUGGGUUUAAAAAACAGAAACAGAGUUUUGAGGAGGACAUCCAGGCGGUUGCUUCUUCAUCGUCGUCAGACUCUGAGCUCCAAUGGUUGGCUGACUUCCACCUCUUACCUCUCUGCUCAGAGUGCAAGGCCAGGGUUGGGAUGGGGAACCAGGGAGGGAAGCUCAGGCACCUGGGCUCCUCAGAGAACCGGGAUGGCUGUUCCCCCAGAUCCCCACUAGACCACCAGGCAACCAGGAGGAGGAGCACUGAGGGGCUGAGCGGCACCAGUAGCCUCCAGCACACCCUCACCCUGUCCCCUGGGACCCCACAGACCUCCAGGAAAAGGAGGCUGAAGAGGCUGUGGAUGAUGAGUGCUCCCCCAGCUGAGGAGAACCUUCAGUGGGGUGCAGUGGAGCCGAGGUCAGCCUAUCCUUCUGGCGGUAUCUCCAACUUCAAGGUCAUGGAAGGAAGAGAGAGAGGGAAGACGGAGAAGAGUGACACUGUCAUUGGAGGAGAGAGGGAGAGGGAGAGAGAGAGGGAGAGGGAGAGGGAGAAGGAGAAGAGGGAUACCUUGACAUGGGGGACAAAGAGGCCAUGCACCAGUCCAUCCAGCGCUGUUCUGGACUCCCUCAUAGGGGUUCUACUCUCUGAGAACCGCCCUCAUUCUCCAAACAAAGUUCUCCCAUUUGAGUACCAUUAUCGUUAUCGCAUGCCCCGAGAGGUUCUAACUCUGAAAGAAGAGCCUGUUCAUAUUGACUCAGAUACGGAGCUCUCAGAGUAUGACAAUGAAUUGUGUAACACCUCCCCCUUCCCAUCUAAAUCUCAAGAGGUAGAGGAUUCCCAGGACAGCACCAGGCAGUCUCCAGAAGGGGGGACCACCCAGGCUCUGAGCCCCAGCCAGGAGGGAGGUAGAGCGGAGAAGGGGUGGAGGAUGGAGAGGGUGGAGGAAAAGAGGUCAGCCCAGCGGCGGUGUGAGGAGAGAGAGAGGGCGAGGAGGGAUGCAGCAUGGAGGGUGAUGGGGAAGAUUGAAGAGGUGGAGGGGAUCAUACAGAGGGUCAGUCUCACCAGCGCUGACUGGAUCAAGGAGGAGAGAGAGGGGGGUGUUUUUGGACUGCUUACCUCUAAGCCAAAUGAGUGUGUGUCUGAAGAAGAGUCAGUGUUAGAGACAAAACCUGAAUGCUCUCUCCAGCCCCAGCGGCAGUGCUCUGUCCAGCCACCACCCUCUCUCCAGCCCCAGCUGCAGUGCUCUGUCCAGUCACCACCCUCUCUCCAGCCCCAGCGGCAGUGCUCUGUCCAGCCACCACCCUCUCUCCAGCCCCAGCUGCAGUGCUCUGUCCAGUCACCACCCUCUCUCCAUCCCCAGCUGCAGUGCUCUGUCCAGCCACCACCCUCUCUCCAGCCCCAGCGGCAGUGCUCUGUCCAAACACCACCCUCUCUCCAGCCCCAGCUGCAGUGCUCUGUCCAGUCACCACCCUCUCUCCAGCCCCAGCUGCAGUGCUCUGUCCAGCCACCACCCUCUCUCCAGCCCCAGCUGCAGUGCUCUGUCCAGCCACCACACUUUCUUCAGCCCCAGCCACAACAACUGCCAGAACCCUCUGUCCAAACCCAGCCCUUUCUCCAGCCCCAACCAGAGCUCCAGGAUUGGGGGCCCACUCGGGAAGAUCCUCUCCCAGUCGAGGAGCUCCGUGCCCUGGGUGAGGCGCUGAGCCAGAGCCUGCGGAGAGCCCUGAGGAUGGAGGGUCUAGGGGAGGACGAGGACUGGGAGUCAAUGAGGUGUAGAGAAGAGUUCAGAGAAACUACCUGGAACUUCAACUUAAAGCAAACCACUUCAGAAUCAUCAUUGGAACCCACUGACCUCUCCAAUGACAACACCAUGACCUUUGACCCUAUGAGAGAAUGGAAGCCGUCUCUCUCAGCCGUCUUGGAUUGCACCUCAUCCCUGCGGACCUCCAAUAGCUUUAACAGCAUGUCCCACAUCCUGUCCCCUCUGUCCUCCCAGGUGUCCAGCCCUCAUCUUAGCCACUGUCCCCUGCCUCGCUCCCUCUCCCAGCAGCCUAGGGAAAGACAAGAAGACAAAGACAGAAUGAGGGAGGAGGAGGAGGAGGAGGAGGAGGAGGAGAGGAGGAGAAAGAACUCAGUCCUGGGCUGUCUGGUCCUGCAGGGUGGGAGUAGGGAGAGAGGAGGGAGAGGGAGAGGGAGAGGGAGAGGGAGUAGGGAGAGAGGAGGGAUAGCUGACAAGAAGGGGGCCAGGAAGAGGGUGGCGUGGCUGGACCUGAGGCUGAAUGAGCAGAACCAGAAGAAGAAUCAGAACCAGAGUGACAACCAGAGCCAAGGCAACUCCAUUUGGACUGAGCCCGGUGUUUCCAGUCCGUCCUCUGUGCUGUUUUCAGACGAGGCCCUGACGAGACAGGAGGAGAUCUGGCAGAGAGAGGUGGAGGAUUCUCUGUCGUACUGCCGGUCCCUGACCCGCCCCUCUCGCCCCAAACACGUCGACUUCCUCAGGAUCACACCACUGGAAGAUGACAUCACCAGCGACUUGCCUUUCUCCCCACAGCGAUCGGAGACGUGGACCCCAGGUGAUGGAGAGGACCGGUCCACCCCAGGCCGUCUGCAGGCCAUCUGGCCCCCGACUAAGGAGGAGAAGGUUGGGCUGAAAUACACAGAAGCAGAACACCAGGCAAUCCUCCUGCAGCUGAAGAGAGAAUGCAAAGAGGAAGUGGAGAAGAUACAGGAGGACCAUAGGAAGCAGAUGCGCCAACUGAGAGGGGACAAUGAGGAGUGUGUAUCCCGUCUGGAGGUCACGUUGGCCAGGCUACAAAGCGACUUGGCCCUGGGUGCCCACCACCGCCGUGGAGACCUCCGAGACGUGGCCGUAUCCACGGGAGACGACCUCUCAUCCCGGGACUUCCGCACUGUGUGCGUCCAGACGGGCCGCCAGACCUUCCUCAGGACCCCCCAGGAUGAGGAGGGGGGUAUCAGGCCAUAUCUGAGCCCCCAACCCCCCCUCUACCUGCCUAAGAGACUGGACCUGGCUUCUAUCAGUCUAAAUCAGUCUGGACAGGCUACCUCUCCCUCUUCUCCCUCCUCUUCCCCCGUUCUUCUCCCUCCACCUCCUCCUCCUCCACCUGCUCCUCCACUCCCACUGUCCCAACCACCUGUACCUCAUCAAUGGUUAUUAUCAGGCAACCUAGCCCCACUUCCCCCUCCUCCUCUUCCUCCUCCUCUUCCUCCUCCUCUUCCUCCUCCUCUUCCUUACCUUCCUGCUCUAACCCAGACCCAGGGACUCGACGGCCCCCCUCCACCCCCACCCCCUCCACCAGGCUGUGGCCCCCCACCACCUCCCCCUCCAGGGGGUCUGACCUUAGGUACCAUGCUAGAUAAACCCCACAGGAAGCCGGCUGUGGAACCAGCCUGCCCCAUGAAACCUCUCUACUGGACCAGGAUACAGAUACAGGACAACAAUAAAGACACAUUGUGGAGCUCUCUUGAGGAACCAGACAUCAUCAACACCACAGAGUUUGAAGACUUGUUCUCCAAGACCACCAUACAAACCAAGAGAAAACCUCUGGCAGAGGCUUAUGAGAAGAAAGCCAAGGACAAAAAGAUCAUUAAACUGCUGGAUGGGAAGCGUUCACAGGCUGUAGGGAUACUCAUCUCUAGUCUGCACCUGGAGAUGAAGGACAUAGAGCAAGCUGUGCUGACCGUGGACAAUUCCGUAGUGGACGUGGAGACCAUCCAGGCUUUAUAUGAAAACAGAGCCCAGCCUGAUGAGCUGGAGAGGAUAAAGAAACACUACCAGACUUCAGAGGAGGAGCAGGUCAGGCUGCUGGACAAACCUGAACAGUUCCUGUAUGAGUUGUCUCAGAUACCAGAAUUCCCGGACAGAGCUUCAUGUAUCAUCUUCCAGUCUGUCUUCAUAGACGGCAUGGCCUCCAUACAGUGCAAGUUGGACAUCGUCUCUAGUGUCUGCGAGGAUCUGAUGGAGACCUCCAGUGUGAGGGAGGUGAUGGGUCUGGUUCUAGCCCUGGGGAACCACAUGAACGGGGGCAACAGGACCAGAGGACAGGCUGACGGCUUUGGACUGGAGAUCCUGCCCAAACUAAAGGACGUCAAGAGCAGGGACAAUCGUAUCAGUCUGGUUGACUAUGUGACAUCGUACUAUCUCCGCAACCUAGAUGAGAAUGCUGGAACAGAGAGAAGUGUCUUCCCUCUCCCUGAGCCUCAGGAUGUGUUCCUGGCUGCCCAGGUCAAGUUUGAAGACAUCACCAAGGACCUGAGACAGCUUAGACGAGACCUGGCAGUGUGUGAAGAAGGUGUUCAGAAGGUGUGCUCCAGCUCUCCAGAGGAACACCUCCAGACGUUUAAGGACAAGAUGGAGGCGUUCCUUCUGAAUGCGCGUAAUGAACAAGAUGAAGUACAUGCCCAGUUGAUGUUUGCACAAAAAAGCUUCCAUGAGCUGGUGACGUUCUUAGGGCUGAAGCCCAAGACAGGAGAGACCGAAGUGGCGACAGGUCACUUCUUCAUGCUGUGGUUUGAGUUCUGUACCGACUUCAAGACCAGGUGGAAGAGAGAGAACAAGAAUAUCUCCAAAGAAAGACUGAAAGAGGCCCAGCUGUCGGUGAAGAAGAUUACAGCAGACAAGAAGGUGGAGACCAGGAAGAUCAACCCUAACAGUCUGAAAGAGAGACUGCGCCAGAAGGAAGCAAACAUGGUGGCCACAAGCUGAGAGACAGAACAGGACAGAUAAGACAUUAAUGAGAAAACUGAUGAGUUGAUUUGUGAGGUAAGUGGGGACUUCUCCCACCUUCUCCCGCCCCUUAGCCACCCACACAGGGUGAUCAGGAUCAUACCAGUCUCUGUUCCUGCCCACCCUCUUUAUGGACCAAGCCUGGAGCACUGCCUCUGAACCUUCCCCCACUGGACACUAGAGGAAACCACUCAUACUAUGGUUCAGAGGUCACAAAGUUGCAGAUGGAUUCACUGACCAACAGGAUACUGGCAAUAGGAUGAUGAUGAAUAUUUUCUUGUUAAAAAAAUGUAUAGGGAAUAAUGUAUAUACAUUUAAAAGGUGGUGGAUUCUCCACCUCAUCCUAAGCACUUUCAUGUUAAACAUUUUGUAAUAAUAAUUUCAAUACAAUAACUGAUUAAUAACUGGUAGAAUUAAUAAGACAAUGUAUCUAGAUUGUAUGGUAAACUUUUUCUCAUGUAGAUUUGAAAUGCAUUUGUCUAUCAGUUUGUUUGUUUUCUGAUAUUCAAUAUCAGAAGUUUUCUUUCUGUGUUUUAUAAGAAAUGUAUAAUGUUUUUCACCUUACAUUUCCACUGUCAAUCAU